AUGAAGAAUAUCCGCUCGGUGAUGAAUAUUCGCGAGGUCGCUGGCUCUCAGGUGGUACAGGAGUCGCUUUCAGCAGAGAAAACUGUCUUCGCUUUCGGUUUAGAAGACUACUUUUACAAAAAGUUCGUUUCAAAGUCAGAUAUUGGCACCAAACAACGAGUGAAUGACUCCCUUCUCUUUGGCUUGGUGCACGGCAUUGCAAACGCUUUGAGUUACUUCCAAACAGCAGCAUCUUUCUACGUUGGUGCUGUGCUGAUGAAUUCUCAUACCCUCGAUGUGCUUGCCGUUUUCCGUACCUUCUCCGCAUUCAACUUUGGUGCUCAGGGUCUUACACGCGUGGCUGCUCUGACACCCGAUUUUAAGAAGGCCGCUGAUAGGAUUGCCUCCGUAUUUGCAACUCUGGAUCGACAAACAAAACUCGAUGUAACAGAGGGCGACUAUCCGAGUGAACCUUUGAGUGGCUCUAUUGUCUUCAAAAAUGUGUACUUCCGUUAUCCAACCCGCAAAAAUGUUCGAGUCCUCCGAAAAUUCAAUUACACUGUCAAAGCUGGUGAUAGUGUGGCUCUUGUGGGCGCCUCUGGCUGUGGAAAAUCGACAAUCCUGCAACUGGUUCAGCGAUUAUACGACGUCAGUCCCCACGGACCAGGAAGUGGAAUCUUUAUGGACGGUCACGACGUCCGCACUCUCGCGCCUAAUUGGAUCCGUCAACAGAUUGGUAUUGUCUCUCAGGAGCCAAACCUUUUCGACUUAAGCAUACGAGAGAAUAUAGCCUAUGGUGACAAUUCGAGGGAAGUGCCCAUGGAGGAGAUCAUUGAGGCUGCAAAGGAGGCGAACGUUCAUGAAUUUGUCCAGAAUUUACCGGAGGGCUACGAUACGCCAGUGGGAGCACGCGGUUCGCAGUUGUCGGGUGGUCAGAAGCAGCGCAUUGCGAUAGCACGGGCGUUGAUACGGAAACCGAAACUCCUGCUUCUGGACGAGGCAACUUCAGCGCUGGAUAACGAGUCGGAGCGCAUAGUGCAGGCCGCAUUGGACGAGGCGAUGGCGAAGGGUGGACGCACAAGUUUGGUAGUUGCACAUCGUCUCACCACAGUGGAGAAUUGCGAUGUCAUUGUGGUGUUGCAAGAAGGGCAGGAAUGCGAAAUCGGACCGCCCGAUGGUCUAAUGGCUGCCAAAGGCAUCUACUACCAAUUGCACAAUGUGGAUGCCGCAGUGAAGUCCCAUUAA